AUGGGCAACUGCGGUAUUUUCCCUUGCGGGACGUUCUGUAGCAGCGGUCGUGUGUGUAAAUGUGGCGAUGGAAGUCAAAUGUGCUCACCUAGUAGCUCUUCAUGUCCUGCGGGUUGUGGCUGGCUUGAAACUUGGGGUGGAAAACGAAAACGAAGUGUUUUAGACACGCUUGUUGGCAAUGGUGGUGGUCAUCUCGAAUAUAUGUUCAUACUUCUUGCAUUAUGCAUAUUUUUCGUUCUCUGGCGACGAAUAAUGAAUCCACAUUGA